AUGGUCUCACUCAGCGGAAGACCACUAUCAGGACCCUCCCCAUCUGGGAGUAGCGCAAGUGCAACAGCAGGAGGAACGUUCAGGAUGCUGGGCAGCCGACGCAAGAUGAGCAAGUUUCGAUUCCGCAUCAUGAUCCUCCUCUACCUCGCCAUGGGGUGUAUCAUCCCUUAUUAUGUUAUGAGGCAGGCGGAAGAGGAGGAGAUCUGGCAGCAAGCGAGCUUGAAGAGGCAGCAGAUGGAGGAGGAUGUGUAUUUGAGGCAUGGUGGCGGGUUUAGGGAUCGGAUUCGGUUCUUUGUUAGUGGAGGUGGUGGUGGUGGUGGUGGUGGUGGAGGUCAGCUCGAGAAGGUGGAGGGUACCAAGGCGACAACUGACGAAAGUGCGGAUAUCAAGACAUACAGGCGCAGGGCGUUCUUUGAGGAUCUGUCGGAGAUGGGGUCCGAGCCGCUUUCGUCGGCAGUGGGGCAGGAGAUCUUGCCAGGCUUUUUACGGAUACAACCUUCUUCUUCUUUCAACUCAUCAUCAUCCCCAUCGCCCUCCAGCAACAACAACAAUGAACUGCCAAAAGUAUUUCGAAAACAACAACGCACCCGCCACCGCCAAAUCCUUGGAUCCCUCGCAGAGACCUACGACAAACAAAACGAACAAGCCCAAUUCCACCGAAUCAAGGGUCUCAAAUCCUACGAAUCCCGUGUCAAAAAAGCCAUCGUAGCCGCCAACGCCUGGGUUGCCAAAAAGCUGCCUCCGGAAGACCAAAUCUUUGAAUCCAGGAUCCCCGGUACGAGGUUGGAUAGUGUGGAGAAGACGAGACGGUUUCGGGAGUUGAUGAGCCAUGGGCUGGAUAAGGGUCGGUGGGUGUAUGAGCGAAAGAGGGACUACCCAGAUUUUGGGGGUGCGACGGGGUGGAAUAAGAAGAAGCAUGGGGAGCGGGAUCGGGAUGUGGCGAUCGAUCGACCGCCGUUUCCGGAGGCUGGCAAGUACCACUGGAAACCGACGACGGCGAAGAUAGGAGGGAUUGGAGGAUGGCACGCGACGAGGAUCCAACCUGAAGAGUUUUGCAGGAUCCUGGGACCGCGUCACAUUGUCCUUGUCGGUGACCUGAUCCACUGGCAGCUGCACGAUUCGAUCAUGUACAACAUGUUUGACAAUCCACAAGCAUGCUAUGGCGACCUAGCCUGUCACCUAGGCGUCGGCCACCCGCUCUGCCCUCUCCCCAACGACGUCCGUCUCAAGUUUGUCCGGAACGACCUCCUCUCAUCUGUUCGCAAUCUCAAAGGCCACCGGAUCAACGAGACCAAAACCCAGGACCCUGUCGAGAUGCCCUGGUUGAAGGAUAUACGAAUCAAGGAUACGGUCAUCCUGGGUGCGACGCAUCAGACGUUGAAGGAUAAGGACUUCCAGCGACUGUUGACGGAUACGAUUAUCAAGAUCCGCAGGGUGAGGCCGGAGGCGUUGAUUAUUUACCGCAAUAACCCUGUCGGGCAUCCGGAGUGUCCUUCCAAGGCGAAUGGGUUUAAUGCCGACCGAGCGUUGCGGGAGCAGAAGCAGAAGGAUCGGAAGUUGGAGUUGCAGCAGCCUGUUUCUCGUCCUCAUGCGAUAUCCUCAGCAGCAGGAACAGGAGCAGGACCGACAACGUCAGAACAACAACAACAACAACAACAACAGAGAGUACUGGAGACCAAGAUCAAGGCACCAAUCGUCCACAGCAGCAAGACGUUCGGCCCACCCGCCAAACCAUUCACCAAGGACAUCCCCACCAAAGAAAUACUACACUACCCUCUAAACUGGGCGCACUACGACCGCCAGAACAAGAUUGCCAAGACGAUUGUCGAGGCUAGUGGAGGGAUCUACUGGAACGUGGCGACGAUGACCAACAUGCGGCCCGAUGGACAUGUUGGCGGACAAGAUUGUUUGAGCUAUAAGCGGCCCGGUCCUACGGACGAGUGGGCAGUUUCGUUGUUUAAUCUGUUCAAGACCAUAGAGGUGGUGGAGCAGGAGCAGCAGUAA